AUGCAAAUCCAGCCAAUUUCACGCUGCAACAACGAGAAGCCAGCGGCAGCCCACUUAAAAAUUAUCCCGAUUACAAGAACUGCGCUGAAACCAUUUGAUCACAAGACCCAUCAGCGAUGCCCUACUCCAAGUGGACCUUCUCAGCAGCCAGUGCUGCCCGAAUGUUGGCCGUUGCAGCUGUCGUUUGAAGAAUGCGUAUGCUCGGUGCUUGAAAUUCGGAAAAAUACGUUAAAAUUCAAAGAAGAAAUCAAAGAAGCGCCAUACCGGAGAGCAACUGAGUGUCCGUUGGAAGAGCAUCACGAAUCCGCAUUUCAUCAGAGCAUCUCAGUGCCUUCGAAACGUGCCCACCUCAUCCGCGCCUAA